AUGAUUACCCGGCAUAUCCACAUCGCCGUCCUCGACACAGAUGUGCCCGUCCCCACUGUUUAUGCGGCUCGCGGUCUGUAUAGUUCUCAGUUCCGGAUACUACUACAAUCUGCCGCGAAAAGACUUAAUCAGUCCUUGAAUAAUAAAAAUUCAUCUGCACCGCAGAUACGCAUUCACACAUCUGCCUACGAUGUAGUCGGCGGCUCCUAUCCGGCGCUGGGCAUGCUACGCAAAACUCCCCUUCACGAGGAGCAACAUGCAGAUAUUGAUGAAAUAGAAGAUGAUGAAAUCCUCAGACCAAUCGACGCAAUCCUCAUAACCGGCUCAGGGGCCUCGGUGUACUACCAAGGUGAUCAAUACACCUGGAUCGCAAACUUGCAAGACUUCAUCCGUCGAGUAUGGAGUCGGUAUCCGCUGGUCAAAUUCUUCGGGUCCUGUUUUGGGCAUCAGGUUAUUGCGCAGGCUUUGCUGGCGAAUAGCCCUCAGUCGGAAGGUCUAUCAAAAGGGGAACCGCUGGUGAGGGUUGAGGCGUGUCCGAUGGGGUAUGAGAUUGGUAUCGAGCCCAUUGAGAUAAGUCGGGAGUUUGCCGCGACGGGGUUGGGGAGGGCUCUCGCUGAAAAUCUGCAAAGACGAGAGGGUGGAAAGUUGCACAUUCAACUGGUUCAUGGAGAUAGAGUCAUUGGCUUUUAUCCUUCGACUGCCAAUGCUCCUUCAGCAUUAACCGCGCUUCCACAACCUUGGCUCAACGUCGGGAGUACACCCCUCUCACCUAUACAGGGCCUCUACUACCCAGACCGAAUACUAACGUAUCAAGGUCAUUUCGAAUUCGACCCUUUUGUCAACUCAGAAACAGUCGUUGAAUUCGCGCGCCGCGGCAGUUGGGAUGCGCAGAUGGUCAGCGAAUCGUUACGUAAAGUCAAUGCCUGUGGACUUGAAGACGAUGAUUCCGAACUAGCAGCGGAGAUUGUUGUGCAAUUUUUGGCUGAUGUUGAUAUCGAGAAGCAGAGUGUGAAUGGCGCGAAUGUGACGAUGAAGAUUGACUAUCCGGCGAAAUCAGAGAUGGUUCGAUCGGUGGUGGCGAAUGGGCUUGCUACACCUCCUGAUGAGAUGUCGUUACAAAUAUAA